CCCGCCGCCUUUCACCCCGGUCAAACCCGCUUCCCGCCCCUCUCUCCAUCUCUCUUUGCCCCCUCCCCCCGCUCCCCCUCGCCCUCCCCUUUACUCCUGUCAUGUCGAUCUGGUCCUGGCUAUUGCCGGAGGAGAAGAAGGCCGACGACCCUGUGGCCGGUCUGCGGAGCGCGCCGCCCAGUCCACCGGAUGCUAACUCGGGGCGUCGGUCGGCGGCGCUUGCGGCCGCGGCCGCAAGCGCCUCGGCCGCCGCGUCGCAGACCCCCAGCGCCGGUGGCGGCACGUUGGCCGGCGGCUCCGGCGCGCCAGUCGUCCCUCCGGAUGGCGGGGACUUCGUCUCGCGCGCCGAGUACGAGCGCCUCCUGCACAAGGUGGAGACCUUCGAGCUACAGACCAAGAUGCUGGCCGUCGGGUUGACGGUGUACAUGCUUGUGCGGCUCACGCGCGGCCGGCGGAACAACAUCUCCAAGCAGGUCAUGGCCGAGCGCUUUGUCCUGGUGGACAAGGCCCAGGUGGGCAAGAUGAAUGCCCUCGCCGAGCUGGCUCUCGAUGACUCCGGGAAGGCCGUGCUCCGGAUGCGCGAUGGAUCGAUCGUCCUCCUGGACAAGGAGUUCAAACCCUCGAUCAUCAUGGAGGCCGCCUACACCCACCGCGGCCCGAAGCCCAGCUCCACCGAGGUCGCUUCGCGGCUCGCCAGUAUCGAGGGAUCACCGGCAUCUGUGUACUUCCGUCAGUCCGGCUCGCCGCGCACUGCGUACACCGAGCAGGGGAUCCUCUCCUUCGCCCGACGCAUCGCACCCAGUCUCACCUCUGGCCAGCGCACGACCACUGCCGCUAUCUCGGGGCCGGGUCCGGAGCCAUCCCAGACCCCCGGCCAGACCCCCGGCCAGACUUCCACCCAGACCCCGACUGGCGAUGCAGCCCCUCCGGCUUCUCCACCCCCGAAGCAGUAGUGUGGCUUUACCAUCUCCUGUCUUGGACACUACCUUCCUCACCACCCCGUGCGCGGUCUCGCCGGCGCCGCCACAUUCCAUGUAUAGACAAGAUCCUCCCUCC